AUGGCUUUUGGAGCAUUCGCCAACUUCGACCCAUGGCGCCACACACCACCUCUCCUACUCGCCAGCAUGAUCGUAUUCAACGGCUGGUACUUCCCAUUUGUGGUCGGCCCAGCACGCUCUUUACUCAAGUUCGGCUUCACCCCUUGCAUCGCAAAGUCCAGAGAAGCUGGCGUACUCAACAUGAUCCAGUCGGCUCGAGUCACGACGAUUGGUCUCGCGGUAUGGGGAUGCUACCUCGUUGGACAGUACAAGGCUGUUGAUAUCGUGCUUGCGAGCAUGGGGUACGUGGCGGUCGUCGAUGCGUACGUCAUGUCGAAGGAAGGCGCGGACGGGUCGGUCGCGUUUCGUGGGAUUAGUACUGGACUGGUUGCUGCUUGGGGAUUGUUUGGCAUGACGACUGGGACGUCCAUCUUCUCGUAG